ACAGGAAUCUGGAAGUAGACGAAUGAUCUCCCGCUUGACUCCCGCGUGUCUUUGACAUAUCCUGCCGUGAGCGGAAAUGUCUGGGAUAAUGCUGAAUCCAUCUCUUCCAACCAGUCGUUUGUGAAGAGAGACGAGGCGAACGCCGUCUGCAUUUCUUCCCACACCUUCACCAUCAGCUUGGCUCCAUUCAGCGUCGCUGUGCACUAUUUAAUGUAGCCUAGCUUUAACAGCACGGGACAUGCGCUGUCAGGUCUGCGCAAUCGAUGUGAACGCCUGCCUGGACACAGGAGAGGAUUAAGUUACUGCUGCUGGCGGCGGAUUAUUUUAUUGGCCUCCUCCUGUCACGCCCGAGUCUUUAGUGAUCCUUUUUCCAAUUAGGAGAGGCCGAAAGCCAGACAUGUCUUUCCGGCGAGGUGUGGUCAGACAGAGCAAAUUCCGCCACGUCUUCGCCCAGGCGUGGAAAGCUGAGCACUGCAUCGACGAUGUCAGGGUGUCCCGCGUGACGUGGGACACUUCCCUCUGUGCAGUCAACCCCAAAUUCAUUGCCGUUAUCAUCGAAGCCGGCGGAGGAGGGGCCUUCCUCGUUGUUCCGCUUAGCAAGAGUGGCAGAAUCGAUCAGUCCUGUCCAACAGUGUGCGGCCAUGCGGCACCGGUGCUGGACAUCCAGUGGUCUCCUCAUGACGACAACAUCAUUGCAAGUGCCUCAGAGGACUUCACAGUAAAGGUGUGGCAGAUCCCAGAUGGGGGCCUGACGAGCCCAAUGACUGAGGCCAUUGUGACCCUCGAGGGACACAGUAAAAGAGUGGGAAUCCUGGCUUGGCACCCAACUGCCUUCAAUAUCCUCUUGACUGCAGGCUGCGAUAAUGUGAUUUGUGUGUGGAAUGUGGGCACGGGGGAGCUUGUGUACCAGCUGAGUGAUGCCCACCCAGACUUGAUCUACAGUGUCAGCUGGAACAAGGACGGCAGUGCUGUCUGUACUGUCUGCAAGGACAAGGCUCUGCGUGUCAUCGACCCGCGACGGGGCACAGUCCUCAAGGUGAAAGAGAAGGUCCAUGAUGGCACCAGGCCAAUGAGAGCUGUGUUCCUUUCAGAUGGGAAGAUUCUGACUACAGGCUUUAGCCGUAUGAGUGAGAGACAGCUGGCAUUGUGGGAUACGAAGGAUCUCUCUGAGCCAAUGGCAGUACAGGAGAUGGAUACAAGUAAUGGGGUUCUUUUACCCUUUUAUGACCCUGACACGAACAUGGUCUACCUGUGUGGCAAGGGGGACUGCACCAUCCGUUAUUUUGAAGUGACAGACGAAUCCCCGUAUGUUCACUUCCUCAGCUUAUACAGCAGCAAGGAGCCUCAGAGAGGAGCCGGCUUUCUUAGUAAAAGAGGUGUCGAUGUCAACAAAUGUGAAAUUGCCAGGUUCUACAAACUGCAUGAAAGGAAAGUGGAACCCAUUUCUAUGACUGUACCACGAAAGUCAGAUCUGUUUCAGGGAGACCUUUACCCGGAUACAGCUGGCAUGGAGCCGGCUCUCCUGGCUGAUGAAUGGAUCGCUGGGCAGGAUGCACCACCCCUGUUGGUCUCUCUGAGUGGCGGCUACUCAGCUCCCACAUCCAAGCACAGGGACACCCUCAGAAGCAAACCCAAGCUCGUCUCGCAGGACUCUGGGACUGGGGCUGCUUCGCCUUCAGCAGGCAAUGCAGCAGCCACAUCUAGCUCUGCCGCCAAGGAGAUAGAAGAAGAGGUGCCACAGCCACGAGUUGCCACACGGGAGACGGAUGGAAAUACUGAGAGGCCGAAGAGAGAGGACGAUUUGUUGAAUGAGUUGUUAGCAGAAAUGAAGGCCUUGCGGGCUGUCGUCCUCGCUCAGAGCCAGAGAAUCGAGUUGCUGGAGAGGCAGCUGGCUCGGAUUGAGGAUGGGGAUGUAUGAACAAGGCGGAGAAUCACUACAUUCGGAGGGCAUUCGUACUUAAUCCAUAGACCAUAGCCUAACUUGAAUCAGCAGUACCUUGAGCUGUGUAAGUGGAAGAAUGUAGUGUAGGGUAGCGACUAACUGACUCACAGUGGCUCACAACCAGAUCAAUUAUUGUGAUGAAAACAAGACCACAAUUUGUUUCUGUGAUUGUUUUCCAGACUGUGGCUGAAAAAGGGGUGUCAUCUGCAUAGAACGAUUUUUGACAGUGAGAUAAUGUUUUGUUUUUCAUAUGAAGGAGUAUCGUAGCAGCUAUGUGGUGGUGCAUAUAGUGCAGCUUUGAGCUUUGCAAAUUUUGCUAAUUUUGAAGGGCUUUGAAGGUGUUACAAUGGUACCAUUGCCUCAAGUUAAUGCACAAAUUGGUGAUAAAAGCAUUAUAUCAAAGUUGAUUAAGGUUGACAUACUAUAGCAAAUUAUAGUAAAAAUAUGAUUUUCUUUCUCUAAAGCACUCACAAAUGUAACUAUUAGGGCUAUUUAUCAGGUAGUUGAAGCUGCUAAACUGUGAUGUCAUCAGACCCCAAUUGUUAAUUCAUUGUGUGACUUGUGCUUUGUUUUACUGCUUCGUUAUAUGUGUAAGGCUAACGGUAAGGAAAUCUUUUGGUACACAAAUCAUGACCUUGACAGUGAGAAUUAUGUGACUGAUAGCUGAUGAGAGUCUAGUUGAAUAUUUGUGUAUUGUAAUUCUGUGUCGUCUUUGCAGUCAACGAAAAGGUAACACUUGUGAUUUACCUCAUGGUUUUAGGAGAGAGCUGCGGCAGAUAUUUGUCCACAUUAUCAUUAGGAUGAAAACUAGCAGAAAUAUUUGCUUCUUUCCUUCUUUUGAAUGUCUGGAAAGGCUGCAGUAUUUUCUGCCCCCUAAAGAUCCAGGAUAUGAGGUUUAGUAGUCACUAUUUGUGAUUUUUCUUUUUUCCCUUUCCAGAGCUGUAAGCUGAAGUAUAAGUUGUUUGGUGGACACAGAGACCAAGUUGAGCUAUAUACGGUACAUGCAAAUAUAACCUAACACUAGUUACAGUGCAGUCUUACUAAAUUACACUAGUGUUUGCAGCCAUGAGAAAGAGGAAGUUACGGUGAAAUGGGAAACAUUUUCUACAGUUUGCAAUUGCAUUUAUAUUGGUGUUAAAAGAUAAACAUCUUUUUAGAUUUUUAUUUUUUUUUAUUUUCAUUGUUUUUUGCCAUUACAUUAAAAGGCAUUUUUCUGUUAACCUCCAUCAGUCAAUGAUUGUGUAACAAUGGUACAUUCCACAUCAAGCUUAUCCCUUUUUUAAUUACUUUUGUGAUUUAUAUUUCUUGAUGCACUGACCUCCUAACACUAACUGUAAAACCAGUAGCAGGUUAAAGGAGACUAAAUUGUGAAAAUUCAAUAAACAUUCAUUCCUCCUUUGUAUUAA